ACAUUCAAAUGAUUCAAAUCAAAGUUCGAUUGGAGAAUCUGUGACCGAGAUCGUGUCAUCUUUGGGCUAAAAAAGUGCUAAAGUUGUACAAAUAGUGAAUUAUACGAUUACAAUAUAUUUUAAUAACACAAAAUCAUACGUACUUACGCUGUGGUAUCUACAAACAUUGAUAGUAUUAGUGAUUCGGAGAUAUCGCACCUAGAGACGCACAUAAAAACCUAUUGUGUUUAUACAAGGUAGAAGUUGUUUUGCAGUACACAGUGGAUAUAUUGUCGCAAAUAACGACAAUACCUUAGAUUUUUACUGAAGUUUACACCCGAGGAACUAAUUAAUCAAUCACCAUGGCGAAAAUGGCAUUUCAGCACCAGGCUGGAACAGCUAUGGAGUGUCUUAGUAUACCUAUAACACUCCAAAAAGAGGCAGGCGUUGAUUCUGAAGGUAGAGAAGUUAUGAAAUGUGGUUUUAAAAUUGGCGGCGGAAUAGAUCAGGAUUUUCGCAAAAGUCCGCAAGGAUAUACCGAUAACGGUAUUUAUGUAACAGAAGUCCAUGAAGGGAGUCCUGCUGCUAAAUCUGGCUUGAGGAUGCAUGACAAAAUAUUACAGUGCAAUGGCUAUGACUUCACAAUGGUAACGCACAAAAAAGCUGUAAGCUACAUCAAGAAACACCCAAUCUUAAACUUACUAGUAGCAAGGAAAGGUGUAACAUCUACUUAAAUCAAUUUGUUAUAAACCAUCUUACUUAUAAACAUUAUUUAGUUUGAAAUUACUUUGAGGUUUAUCUAUUUAUUGUAUUUCAAGAAUAGAUAAUAUUUAUUUGUUAUCUUUCAAGAUAAGUUGGUUAAUGACUAAUAGCUAUUGAAUGAAAACAUGUAGGUACACAUCCUUUAUUUAAAAAGUAUUGCAUUUCACUAAUGCACUAGUUUGAGCUUCAGUUAUUCCCUGUUACCCUCUUACUUUUGUUUUAUAGAUUGUGUAUUGAUGUAAAUAGUAGUAUUCAGUCUAAACCUACCUAUCCUGAGAAGCUUAUGGACUAUUUGGCCUAUUAAUUAAUGCCUAAGGCAAGGGCUAUAUAAAAAGUAAAGAAAAAAAAAUAAGACAAGUGCCAAUCAAUCACUGAUCACUUGCUCAGCCAGAAAAAUAUUAUGAUUAGUUCUUAACUGAGAACUGCCAUUUCAAUUACAGUUUUUACUACCUUAAAGAAGUUUUGAUACCUUUCGAAGUCUGUCUAAUUGUUUUUAAUUGUAUGUGCUUGCUACACCAACACAUGACCACUGUUGCCACCGCCCUUCUAAAGAUGUACUUAGGAAUCUUAUCUACAACCUCUAGCUAUUUAGUAAACUAGAUGUAACAUUCAUAAACUUUUAUGGGAUUUCCAGCUUAUAAGUACAUGAAUCUUCUACCUGUAAAUAUAACAAUGGAAUUUGCUCUUUGUACAAAGUGGAAUUUGUUUAAGUUAUGUAGUUAAUAUAAAAUGCCUAAACAAAGAUGGACAAUUCAUGGUCACUAUUAUUCCUAUUUUCUACAAAUUCCUCAAAUUUUACACAUUGUUUUAGCACGUAUAGUUGUAAUUAAAACAAGAUAAAUAUCAGCUAUAAAGUUUAUAAGUAAAUUGGUUAAUUAUUUGAUAUUUUGGGUUAGGUGAUAAGAGCAUGGAGCACUGAAUUAGUAUUAUAUUAUGACAAGUGAUUAUAAUAAUGUUAUUUAUUUUUUUAUACUUAAGAUUUAGUUACUAGAGUAUUACUUAUUAGGUACUGUUUAAUUGUGCAACUUUUGUAUUGCUGCUCAACAAAGUGCAGUGAAUUACUAAGAUGCAUUUCAAAGUAUUUAUAUUAAUGAGUUACCAAUGACAUAUUUUUAUACUAAACAAUGCAUUUACACCAGCAGUUAUUAUUUUUUACAAAAUUUAAUGAAAUCAUGUAACUAUCAUGGAAAAAGAAUUACUAAGUUAAGUAUUUAUUAGUGGUUACAUUUGAAUUUUGAAUAUUUAAAAUUUAUAAAUUGGUUAUGGUCAUACUAAUUGCUUUACUUUGAUAUUAUUAAAUAUUUAUUCAGGAGUUGUGCCUAUAUUUGUCAUUGUAUUCCAUAACCUAUACUGUCUUGAAUAUUUUAAAAGCAAAGAUUUUGUUUGCCAUCUGUUGUUUCACUAGCUGAUUGGUCUAUAAUUUAUAUAGAUGUACUAUGUAUGAGAGUAAAGCAGUUCAGUACAUUGUACCUUACCUUGUUAUGGCUCAGUAAAUUCACACUCUUCAUGUUCUACUUGAACAAAUGAUUAUUAUAUUUAAUUCAUUACUGAAAUGUUUGUAAUAUUUACGGUUUACACUUUAUACACUGUGCCAAAUAACACUGCUCCAUCAUUUUUCUUUGUAUUUAAUUGAACUGAAACAUGUUAGUUAUAAUAAAAUAAGAAACAAAUAA